ACUGAGAUGUUAGUUCAAUAGUUCUCAUUCUUGGAAUACAGCCUGAAAAUACUUUCUCCGUUUUCUUCCCUUCUUCUUUCUCCCUCGUUUCUCCGUUCAUCGUUCUUCCGUCGGAGCGAUCAGAGAUGGACGGAGGGACGCAGUACAAUCCGAGAACGGUGGAGGAGGUGUUCAGAGAUUUCAAGGGCCGGAGAGCUGGCAUGAUCAAAGCCCUAACGAACGAUGUUGAAGAAUUUUACCAGCAGUGUGAUCCUGAGAAGGAGAAUCUUUGCUUGUAUGGAUUCCCUAAUGAACAGUGGGAAGUUAAUUUGCCUGCUGAGGAAGUGCCUCCGGAGCUGCCCGAGCCUGCAUUAGGUAUUAACUUUGCUAGAGAUGGGAUGCAGGAAAAGGAUUGGUUGUCUCUUGUUGCUGUUCACAGCGAUGCAUGGCUACUAGCAGUGGCCUUCUAUUUUGGAGCAAGAUUUGGUUUUGAUAAAACUGACAGGAAACGUUUGUUCACUAUGAUAAAUGAACUCCCUACAAUAUUUGAAGUUGUGACCGGAAGUGCCAAGAAGCAAGCAAAGGAGAAAUCAACGGUUUCAACUCAUCAGAGCAGCAAUAAAUCUAAGUCAGACAUAAAAGGGCGAGGGUCUGAAUCCAGCAAAUUCUCAAACAAACUGCCAGCAAAGGAUGAGGAUGAGGGAUUAGACGAGGAAGAAGAUGAGGAGCAUGGUGAAACACUGUGCGGAGCAUGUGGAGAGAAUUAUGCUUCAGAUGAGUUCUGGAUUUGUUGUGACAUAUGUGAGAAGUGGUUUCAUGGCAAGUGUGUGAAGAUCACUCCUGCCAGAGCUGAGCACAUCAAGCAGUACAAGUGCCCCUCUUGCAGCAACAAGCGAGCACGCCCUUGACAAUAAAAAGAGGUGGACAAGUUUUCGCCCCUCGUAAUUCUAUCAUGCUAGUCAGAAGCUAACUGUGUAUUUGGUCAAGCUUUCUUGUGGCAAGCUUAUGUUAUUCUAUUGGACAGUUUAUUUGAUCUUGGAACUGUAAGUUGGAUCAUCUUUAUAUUUGAUAGUUUGCAGGCUCUGAACUGUGUAUUCUAUUCAACUCUGGAUUGGAAAUGUAAUAUUUCCUUGUCUAAAAAGGAUCUCAAGAAUUUAAUUAUUUAGGCAUGAUAAAUAUAAACUGAAGUCACCUACCGUGAGAUAUUGCUGUGAAUCAAGUUGGUAUCUAGAG